UGGGGGCUGAGGUAAAGGAAUACAUCAUGAUACGGAAGUUAGACACUCUCCAAAUGCUGUUUCAUCUGGACUUUAACCUACAGUGCAGUAGCUACCCAAGAAAUAUGUAUGAAGCCUUAACCAAACCAUAUCUUCCAAAGUGGGACAGUAUGCUAGUCGGGCGCUGGACGUGUGACGUCAGACGGGUUGGGUGUUCUAAUUCUGAUAUAAUUCAUCUAGAGGAUUUGGAGCAACAAACCUGUCGACGUCAGCCUCGCUGCAAAACUGUGUUCCUGAGCAGUGUGACAGGCUGGUGGUCUACAGCAAGGAUGUCCUACAUGAGAGCAGACAGCAGCCGGUCCCAGCCGCGGGACUUCAGCAGCCUCAUCCAGACAUGCAGCUCAAACAUCCAGAAGAUCAGCCAAAACACUGGCCAGAUCAAAAACCUCCUCUACCAGCUGGGGACAAGACAGGAAACCCCCGAGCUCCAGGAGAAGCUCCAACAACUCCAGCACUACACCAACCAGCUGGCUAAAGAAACCAACAGACACCUGAAGGAGCUGGGCUCACUCCCUCCACCGCUGUCUCCAUCAGAGCAGAGGCAGCAAAAGCUCCAGAAGGAGCGUCUGAUGAACGAUUUCUCUGCAGCCCUCAACAACUUCCAGGCGGUGCAGAGGAAGGCAGCAGAGAAAGAGAAGGAGUGUGUGGCCAGAGCUCGAGCUGGAUCCAGGGUCAUGGGAGAUGGAGGCAAUGUGGAUGAACAGCUGGUCACAUUUGAAAAGGAGGAUGAGUUGAGUCAGACCCAGACUCAGCUUGAGGAGCCCAGCAUCACUGAGGAGGACCUGGAGAUCAUCAAGGAGAGAGAGACCAACAUUAAACAGCUGGAGGCUGACAUUAUGGAUGUGAACCAAAUCUUCAAGGACCUGGCUGUUAUGAUCCAUGACCAGGGAGAGAUGAUUGACAGCAUCGAGGCCAAUGUGGAGAGUGCUGAGGUCCAUGUAGACAGAGGCGCCGUCCAGCUUCAGAAAGCAGCUUAUUACCAGAGGAAGUCCCGUAAGAGGAUGUGCAUGCUGGGCAUGGUGCUGUCGCUGGUCCUCACCAUCCUAAUCAUCAUCAUCUGGCAGGCCAUCAAAUGAGAGGAGAAGCACAACUAACUGAUCCCUUCAAGUGACUUCCAACGUGUGUGUGUGUGUGUGUGUCUGUCUGUCUGUCUGUCUGUCUGUCUGUGACUGUGUGGAUGUAUUUAUGUGGCAUAAAAGAGUGGUGACAACAGUGGGUUUCACAUGAUAUGGGUUCUCUUUCAUAGCAUUCUUUUCAUAUCUCACAUUGGGAACUCCUAUGACAUGAUCUCAUCAGAAGCUCCUUUUGAAUUUUGCCUGCCAGGACUGGCAGAAUUCUAAACCAUUGGCCCCAUCUCGGGACCUUCCCAGUGUGUUGGAUGCCCUUUCAGUACCACCUUGUGGUUCAACACUGGAAUAAGUGGACUUGAAAAUGCAGUCUCUUGCUUCAGCUAAACAAGUGGGUGAGAUUCAUGCUCUUUGGCGCAGGUUUUAUGCAUCUACAUGGACAGAACCAAAAGCUGUAGGAAAAGUUUUGGGCAAAGAACCACGUAGGGAAACCAGUCUCAAAGCAGCAGCUCUCCCACUGGAUUGUGGGGGACUAUUGCUUUAGCUUAUAGCUCUAAGGGUUUGCAGCCACCAGAGGAGCUGUGUGCACAUCCUACCAGGGAUCUCACCACCUCAUGGGCCCUUUUCAGAGGGAUCUUCAUUCAGGAGAUUUGCACUGCAGCAAGUUGGGCCUCCCCACCUUUGCAGGGUUCUACAGGCUUAAUGUUACAGCUCCUCCAGUAGCCCAUUUGGUGUUUACUGUGGCAAAGCCUUGGUAAAGUUGGUCCCCCAAUAACAUUUGCUCAGAAAUCUGGGAGUUAGCAUUUCCCAAUGUGAGACACAAAAUGAAUGCUAUGAAAGAACUUAAGGUUACUUGUGUAACCUCAGUUCUCUGGGUAGAAUGAGUAUCGCACCAGACCAUUCCGCCUUGCUCAUUUAUAGCAAGGAAGAGGUGAGUGUUUUUGAAUGACUGGCAGCAUAGUGUCAAGCCCUUUCAUAGGGGUAGGGUCUCUACCCUCCCUGUCACUGACGCACUUAGUUCCAGCCAAUCCUUGCUGGCAGAAUGCAAUGGGAGCUUCUGAUGAGGUCACGCUGUUCCCAAUGUAAAACGCUCACUCAUGCUGCUCAGAGAACCGCGGUUAUGCAAGCAACCUUAUGUUUUUCAAGGCUGACAGCACAUGUUAGGAACAAAUCUGGCAAUAUUUAGUGAUGAUAUUCACUAUAUUUUAUUUAGUCCAAAACUUGCAAGUAUGCAGUGUUUCUUCACCUAGUUUGGGACAAUAAAACUGAGCUCUGAGACUGAAUAUGACUACUACUACCACCACUACCACUGCUGCUGUUAGAGAGCCAAAGUCCUGACGUCACCUCCCGUGUAGCCUCUGUUGCACUAGCUUCUGUAACUCUUUCAAGAUUUUCCAGUGCAGCAGCAAGGAUGUUAUAUGUCAUUACAUCUCUUGCGUGGAUGUCUCUAUUAAACUUGUAGGGAUUUUUUUUAAGUA